AGGGUCUGUGGGGAUUUUAAUUGUUCAGUUGCUGGUUCUUUCAUUGUGUCACCAGACGAAGAGCCCUGUACAGCUAAGGAAGUUGCAGGCUGUCUAAUUCUCCAAAUUGAAGAGAUAUCAUCAAUGGAGGAAGGAGAGGAGCUGACUGUCCUGUAUUUACAGGACCCAGUGAAAAGGGAAUUGCUGAGGGGUGACCACACAGCUGGUGAUAGGAUUCCGAGAGAAAGAAAGGAGAAGGAUCCUCAUCAGGAGUAUCCUGAGCAACUGGAAUCACAUGGAAAGUUACCAGGGAUUGCCAAAGGCAAUAUUUUCCAUUAUUCUGAUCAAAGGAAAGUCUGUGAGAGUCAGCAUAGGCCAGAGAGCAAGCAGGAAGGAUUUCUAGCGAAGAAAUGGUAUAAAUCAACUCAAUCUGAAAGAGAUUUCAGCAAACCCCAAAAUGUCAUCGUCCACCACAAAAUCAACACAGGAGGGAAACCAAACAUAUGUGCUGAAUGUGGCAAAAGCUUCAAUCGGAGCUCUACACUCUUCCAGCAUCAGAGAAUUCACACGGGCGAAAAACCCUAUAAGUGUCAGGACUGUGCAAAAAGCUUCUGUCAGAGCUCAACGCUCAUUCAGCACCAGAGAAUGCACAGAGGAGAGAAACCUUAUCAGUGUCCUGACUGUGGUAAAGAUUUCCUUUGUAAAUCAGGACUUACAAUACAUCAGAGGAUCCACACAGGCGAGAAGCCUUAUGGAUGCAGUGACUGUGGCAAAAGCUUCAGGACGAAGUCCCAACUAGUGUCACAUCAAAGAGUCCACACCAAAUAGGGCCCAGUGACAGUGCUUCCUUUGGGGCACUGCCUACUCAUUCGGUUCUCUUUAGAAGCAUUGUUUGGGACAGGUGGGGGUAACAGGCAGUAUUGGAGGAAGUGAAUUAUUGUAGGAUUGAUCAUUUGGGGAUCAUAAAGUGGAGCUGGGUGAUGGGAAGAAGAGUAGAGAAAAAGCCCUUGUACAUCAUAUUCUUAUGAUUUAGUUUUUAAAGAAGUUUGAGUAUAAUUUGGCCAGAAAAAAACCCGCAGGGGCUGUAAAAGCAAUUGAAAUAAGCUGAAUUUGAUGGAGAAAUAAUGUAUUUCUUUAAACAUGGGCUGGCUUUCCAAACAUCUGGAUAACUGUGAUUUACAUGUGUGUUUUAAAACAACAUUUUUGUUAUUCAGAGAAGUGGUAGAAAUUACAAAUUCAGGUUUGGCUCCCAGUUGUAUCUGAGCCUGUAAAACUUUUCAACCAGCAUCUCAGAAAUUCCCUUUGUUUAAGUUUAGUAUCCCCUUAUUCACAUCUACUUGUCAGAAAUCAUUAACUUCCCCUAUCUAGCUUAUUUGUUAAUAUGUGAAUAUGUGUCUAGACAGGGAAUCUGGACACUUCCAGAUCUUUACUGCCAUGUAUGUUACUGAAUAUCAAGCUAAAUUUCUUCUCUUUCAUCUCUUUCAGGGCUUUAAUCUAUCCCAGCCCACAAAGGGAAUUCAUGAGGCAUGGUCCUAUUAUGUAAGAGGUAUCUCAUAACUGGAGUUGCUGCUGUCAGAAAGGCAGUAGACAGUCUCAGAUAAGAUGGGGCCUCUUUCCUUUCACUGUCAUUUGUCUUCCGUCUCUGAAAAAUGUUUUGUUUUAUUUUAUUUUAAUGCUAGCUAAAAUGGUCUUUUCUCAUGUAAAAGCAUAGGGCUAUAGGCUUUCUGAUAUUCAGGUCAGAUUCCAUCCUAGGCCUUCAGGUGCCACAAGAUGAUCAGAUUCUUCUCACAGUUUACUGCUACCUUUUUGGUCAUACCUUAUUUUAUGCUUUGUUAAAAAUGUUUAUCCAUAUGAAAUAUUUUUUCUCGAUACCUGUUGUUAUUGCAUGUUCUAUCCUCAAAUUCCAAUUUUGGUCUAGUGUUCUGCAAUGGCUCCAUAACCAUUAAAGGAAUAGAAAGAUAAUAGUGUUGAUUUAGAAUAGGAAAUUUCUCCAGAAUUGCUUGACAAGGUGUGAGGUUCCAAUACUG